AUGGGUCCAAUUACAAGAUCCAACAAAUCGGGGUUGAAAACAGCCGAAAACACGUCUCAAGUAUACCCAUUAGCAACUGAUGUGCCAACAGACAUCAAGAAGUCCACGUCAAAUGGAGUGUCCAAGGCGAAACCUAAACUUAAACCUGUACCGAAAGCUCCCAAGAACCCAUCGCAACUUAUUGAUAAAACUGACGCGUUGUUGAAACAGAACCAGCAGUUGGAAAUUCCUCUGAAUUUAUCACUACCCCAAGAAUUUAUUGAUUAUCAUACACCUGGAUUUAUCGAGGGCGUUAAAUACUGUAUUGAACGAGACCCUUCAUUGUAUCCUAUUGUCAUAAAGGAGAAUUUUACGGGAUUUGGAUCCAAGGCAUUUGAUGACAAAUUGGUUAAAGCUGAUGAUGAUCGUAUUCAUUUAUAUUGGUAUAGUUUAGUACGAUCGGUGAUUGCUCAACAAGUAAGUGGCGCUUCUGCUAAAUCUGUUGAAGGGAAGUUCAAGAACUUGUUUGUUGGUGAUGGAGUGAUACCGACAGCGAAGGCGACUCUUGAGAUGUCAGAGGAACAAUUAAAAAGCGUUGGAUUAUCACGUCAGAAAGUGAAAUAUGUUCAACAUAUAAGUCAAGUAUUUGCUGAUCCUAAUGAUAAAUUGACUAAGUUGGAAUUCUAUCGCAAUGCGACCGUGGAUGAAAUAUACAAUGAAGUGUGUAAAUUAAAAGGAAUUGGGUUAUGGUCAGCUAAAAUGUUUGCUAUAUUUACAUUAGAAGAAUUGGAUGUAUUUGCUGAAGAUGAUUUAGGUGUAGCUAGAGGUAUGGCCAAGUACCUUGAACAAAGACCACAGGUGCUUGCUGUAGCAAAAAGUGAGGUUGCCCAAGAUGAAGUGAAACAAGCUGGGUUGCAAAAACGGUCCAAGUUUUAUAAUAAACUGGACUCGAAACGGACUUGGAAACCUAUUCAUGAUGUAUAUGUACUUCAUGUGGCUGAAAAGUUUAAACCUUUUCGAAGUGCAUUUAUGAUGAUUUUAUGGAGAUUGAGUUCUACAAAUAUAGACGUAUUGGAUAAGGAAUAG